GACAUCAAUGAGUGCAAAGAAGGAACCCACAAUUGCAGUUCUAAUGCGGUUUGUAAUAACACCAAAGGAUCCUACAACUGCACAUGUAAACCAGGAUAUGAAGGGGACGGAAAUAAUUGCACAGGUAAUUUCUUUCUUAACUUGGUCAUUUUGUAUGCCUUCGAAAGCAUUGCUGUUUUUAUUUUUCCGUAGUAAAAUGAUCUUUAUAGCAAGUACUUGUCAGAUAGUUGACCAUAUUACCUCAGUCAAAAUUUUAAGCGGAAUGUUUUAUAACGCUUGGUACAGUGUACCUUGUAUUUUCAAUGUUUUGUCGACCUCCCCCCACAAGAAUCUUCAUUUUUAAAGGAGGAGAGAUUUCAUGGAAGAAGAAGAAGAAGAAGAAGAAGAAGAAGAAGAAGAAGAAGAAGAAGAAGAAGAAGAAGAAGAAGAAGAAGAAGAAGAAAAAGAACGUCAAUGGCCGGCAUCAGAAACUUUGCUUUUUUUUCCUAAUGUAUUUCUUUUCAUACUGCAAACUAAGCUUGCCAUUGUUUAAUAUGAUUUCAGACAUCAAUGAGUGUAAUGCGGGAACUCACAACUGCAGUUCUAAUGCGUUUUGUAAUAACACCAAAGGAUCCUACAACUGCUCUUGUAAGCCUGGAUAUACGGGAGAUGGAUGGACCUGUACAGGUAAAUGA